GGCUCUGUCUUUGGUCAAGUUAUGCCAUCAGGAAACAACAUUUACUUCGAAAAUUCUCUCAUAAGCAUGAGUGGCAAGAAUGAAAUCUCCCAGCAAAUGCGUAUUUGUAAGGUGCCAUAUGUAUCACUACACAAAUUGAAUGAUACUCCAGAAACAUUGCAAGAGAUCAAAAAACACCUUGGAGAUAGAGCAGCUGAAAAUGCAAUGGAGAAAAUAAAAAUGGCAGAGAAAAAGGCGGCAAAAUCAAGUAAUGAUGUAAACAGAGCAAGCCGUAAACGGAAAUCAGAAAACUAUGAAAAAAUAGCUGCGGAAAAAGAAGGCACAAUGUCAGAGACUGGGAAUCAGUCAAUGCCGACACAUCUGCCUCAUAUUCCUCUACAAAGCCUAAUGGAAGUAGAAAUGGAGUUGGUAUACACUGAAGAGGAGGACAUUUCCUUCGAGUUUGCUGAGCCUGUGGUCUGUACAAACACUCCAUCGGCAUGUCGUGAUUCUGAAAAAGCAUGUGCUUGGAGCACAACUAAGGGCAGGACUUUGCCCUCCAUUGACAAAGAGCUCCAGGCGACCCUCGAGGAAGCCAGUGCUUGCUACAAGGAGAACAACUACACAGCAGCAGUGGAGCGGUUCUCAACAGCACUGGAGCUUUGCAGUAAAGGUACUUCUACAGAAAAUCCCGUUACGGCAUCUCUAGGAGACAUUUCCGGUAUUGUCAGUUUUAUUGAGACAAGGCUUGCGACCUGCUACUUAAAAAUGAAGAAGCCCAAUGAUGCUCUGAAUCAUUCACACAGGAGCAUUACUCUGAACCCAGCUUACUUCCGGAACCACCUGCGCCAAGCUGCUGUGUUUAGGUGCUUACAGAGAUACUCUGAAGCUGCAAGGUACUCUAGUGCUCAUGGAUUUCUGAUGGUUUCUCUACAUCUCUUCCAUUCCAGCUCUCAGUAG